AUGGGAGCCGAUGGAGGAACUAUUCCCAAGCGUUGCGAGCUUGUGAAGAAGCGGACGAAGAAGGAAAAACUCGAUAAACACGUUAAAAAUGCGACGAAAUGGAGAAAUUGUCAGCUUACCCAGAGCACUUUGAAGGUUUCUGGAUGGUUUUUACAAUUUAACUGGAAAUAGUUUUAGAAGCCCAUCAUUGCAUGCCGGUUUGGCAAACUCUACAACAAAAAAGACGUGAUAGAGGCGAUUUUGACCAAGCAGAUUGCCAAAUCUCUCUCUGCUUCUCACAUUAAGGGAACCAAGGUUUGAGCAUUUUCUUUCUAGUUGAAAGACUCGGUUUGAAAGUUUCAAGUCUUGAAUAAAAACACAAUAAAUAAUUUUUUAUACUUUUGCUUUCAGGAUUUCGUUGAGCUCAAACUCACAGAAAACAAGGAUUUUAAAGGGGACGACGCCAAGGGAGACGAGUACAACGACGUGAAUCAGGUUUUGCAAAUUUACAUUAAUUUUUUCAGUUUGUUGUUUUGAAGACGCCGUACCUGUGUCCAGUUACGGGAACUCCUAUGAAUGGAAAUCACAACUUUGUUGUGAAUUGGCAAUGCGGCUGCGUUUUCUCCGAAAAAGCCCUUGUUGAGGUCGGUUUUUAUGCAGAAUAAUUUUGAAAGGAUUUUUUUUUUGUCCUUUCCAGUAUUUUUGAUCGUCCAAAUUCUUGAAUUUAUUUGACUGACUUUGGAGAAAGUUACGUUCGUCAUAUGUUUCAAGGAUUUGAAAAUUAGGGUUUCCAUCAUUAGAAAAGCAAAUAAUUUCUUAAAAUUUUCACCAGUAUUAAAUUUUUUGGCUUUUGGCUUCAUAUUCCAAUUUUCAUCUAAUCGAAACAUAAGUUGGCAUGUUUUCUAUGAACUACCCCAAAUUCGUUGGAAAAUUAUUUUCGGUGCUUGAUAAAAUGGAAAAAGAUAUUUUGGAUUUUUUCUAGGCUUAUCACUUCAUUUUUAAAAGGUUCAAAUUUUUUGGGAUAUAAUUUCAAUAUCCAGUCAAGUUAAAUAUCAUUUUUUCAGUCGAUAUUCCAAGAAAUAUCAUCGUUAACUGAGGAAAUAAAUGCUUUUUUCCUAUUUUUUUUCUUUAGGAGAGUAUGAUAAAGAUUUCUUGCAGGUGAAAACGGAUCGUUGCCACGGCUGCAACGGUCCCUGGGACGCGGAGAAGUCGGUGCAGCUCUAUCCAGAGGAGGAGAAACUCGCCGAGUACGAGCGCAAGCUUUUGGCCGAAAGAGCCGAGAAAAAGGCGAAAAAAGAGUUGAAAACGACGAAUGGCGAACCGGCCAAUGACGUUGCUGCUUUAGAAGCCGCCGAGAAGAAAAAGAAACGAGGUCGGAUUUCAACAAAAAUUGAAGAUGGUGGUGUAGAAACUUGUUGCAAAUAUAUUAUGAUAGGUCUUACUUACUUACUUAGAUACUUAGAUGGUCCAUCUUCGCUUUCGACCUUUUAUUGCCUUUUAGUGCCUUUUUAUUGAUCGAAGCGUGGACCACACGUUUUUCCAGGAGGUCUUAUGCAAUCGGUCAUCCAGUGUUGUCGUCCUGGUUGACUGGUAUUCUUGCGAAAAAAAUUCCAUCCGUGGUGUUGAACGUGUUAUAGCAUAAUUGUGGUCUUAUUAUCCUUUUUUUGCCUUGCCAGGGCUAAAAAAAGACCGCCCAUUCUGUUAGCAGAAGCAAGCCGAAUUGCGUGACCGGUGUACCGUUAGCCGCCAUAAAUGGCGUUGCCUCCCCAUCACCGCGUAGAGGUGGUACUUGAAGGGGUAUGAUAGGUCAUAUGAGAAAAAAGAUUGAAAGGAUUGUUGAAUAUUGCAAAAAGAAAAAAAAAUAAACCAAAAAAUGUUGUAUCAAAAAUGAGUUCUCAAUGUUUCACAAGAACAUUGUAAAUAGAACAACAUUUUGAAGAUUAAUGUUUUUUGUAGGUUUGUUGUGAACCACCUAUGAGAUUGUCAUGAUUUAGAAGGAAAGUAACAAGAAUCUUAAGAAAGAAUUCUCAACUAUCUUGUCAAAUGACUCACUGUUCUUAUUUUUCAGAAGAGAUCAAAAAGGAGCUGCUAGGAAAGGAUGGCAAAAAGGCGGAGAAACGGAAAGCGACGACUUCAGAUAUUCAGUCCGAUCCGACCAAAACCGAGGCCUACAAACGGUUGUUCACCACCUGCGAGGAGGCCAAAAACAAACCGGAAGGAAAUUGGGUCACCUAUAAUCCUCUCUAUUAUUAG